GCCUGUUCCACUCCUGCAUUGAUCAUGUCGGACAGUUUAGGGUAUGCCAACAUGCAUCGCUGUAUAAAUACGCCAGAGGUCCCAGCAGACUGGUCUGGUAGAUUCCUCAGUAAAUAUAAUUUAUCUCACUUCGGUACAGAAAACUAUAUAUCCGCGUGAGAGUUCUGCUCAAGAAUCGUGUAUUGUAUCUAAAAGCACACAGGACACAGAUGUAUCCCGUCAAAAAGGCUAUCAUCAUCGGUGCUGGUCCAGCCGGCCUAGCCGCUGCUCUGCGACUGCAGAAAUCUCAUAACAUCAGCAGUGUCAUUUACGAGCUUCGUCCGACACCGACCACAAUUGGGGGCUCUAUCGGCAUUCCAUCUAAUGGGUUGCGGCUGCUAGAUCGUCUUGGCGUGUACAAACCCCUUACUCAGAUCGCAAAUACAGACGAGCGAUUUAUUCUUCAUUCAACAACGAAUGAUGCUAUCCUCGCAGAGUCCAACUUCUCCGGCGAGGCUAUGGAGCGAAUCGGGUAUGGCUAUAUGCGUGUCAAACGUACUGAUUUAAUCUCUUGUCUCCUGGAUGCAGUGCAAAGGGAAGGAACCCCCAUUCAUUACGGGAAGCGUAUCGUGUCAAUUGAUGAGCAGGAUGAGAGAGUGACGGCAAAGUUUGAAGAUGGCACGCAGGAUACAGCGGACAUUCUGCUUGGCUGUGAUGGUAUUCAUUCGAGUGUCCGGACUAUGCGCGUGGACUCUACUCUAAAGCCAGAGUAUUCGGGUGUUUCGGCCAUGUUUUCUUUGCUCAGACGAUCCGAACUUCCUGCUGAUUCACCGCCCGUGACGUGUUUCAAUUCGACAUUUACCACAGAUGGACUGCUUGCUAUAAUAUCUUGCACUGCUUCAAAUGAUGAAAUCUUCUGGUUCUUCUCGGGUGAGGUACCUGUCCCAGAGUCUGGAGAAAACGGGUGGGAGGAACACCGCCAUAAGGAGGUACAGGAAUUUAAGACCUCGAUCCUCAACGUGCUCGGUCAGGUUCAAGGUCGAUGGGGGAACUUUGUGCGAGAAGUCAUUCAUAGAACAGAAUCAAUUUCUUUCACCCCUAUCUACCGACUUCCGCUGGGCGGAACGUGGUCUCGUGGUCGGUGUUUAUUGAUUGGAGACGCUGCUCAUGCCAUGCAGCCUCACGCAGGGCAGGGAACUUCCAUGGCAUUGGAGGAUAUAUUUGUGCUUUCGCAUGUCUUGAAGCACUAUCCGGAUGGUUCCGUGCAUGAUAUUUUCUCAAAAUACGAUGAAGUUCGGCGGCCUCGCGUGACCAGAAUCUAUACGGCAUCCGAGCAGAACGGACAGCUGUGGAAGAAGACGGGCUCUUGGGGCCUUUGGUUUAGGGAGAAUAUGGUCUGGGCGAUGUUCUCCCUGGCAAGUGUUUUCGGUCGCAAGAGGGGCGUCAUACCAUUGGAUGACCUGAUCUAUGACCCAGAGGAGGAGCCAAUCUCCUAGGAUUUCAGCUUAUGGUGUGCUAAGAAUCUGAUUUGUAUAUGU